AUGCUAGUGGCUAAACCAUUCUCCCAUGCAUAUACCGUUGGAUGGAUAUGCGCCCUGUCACUGGAGCUUGCUGCCGCGAAGGCCAUUCUGGAUGAGGUCCAUGAGGACCUGCCGCUACCACUUAAUGUCAAUAACAAUUAUACUCUUGGAGCGAUCUCAGACACGGUGAUCGCAUGUCUCCCAAUGGGGAUCUACAGCCGCACGUCAGCCACUACCGUAACAGCAUCGAUUAACUGCACCUUUCCUAACAUCCGGUUCUUUCUACUCGUGGGCAUAGGAGGAGGCGUUCCAAGCCUGUAG